GAGCUUUGGUUCAGGAUGGAAACCUCUUCGAUAUAUCGGAGCCGACGAUGCUCCAUCAUGCGCAACUGCAAAAGCGGUCUCUCCCUCUGGUUGGUGGUGUGGCUGGUCCUCGGCAAGCCAAGUCCGGCGUCGGCGUGCCCGCACCUGUGCGUGUGCUACCCGACGCCCAUGACUGUGAGCUGCCAGGCGCAGAACUUCACCGCCGUCCCGGUCCGAGUGCCCUACGAGUCGCAGCGCGUGUUCCUCCAAAACAACCGGAUCACGGAGCUCAGAGUUGGCUCUUUCGGCUUCGGAACUCAGGUUCUGUGGCUGUUCUCCAACAACAUCACAUGGAUUGAGGCAGGGGCCUUCAGUGAGCUGCGGGACUUGGAGGAGUUGGACCUGGGGGACAACCCUAACCUCCACAGGCUGGAGGGGGGAGCCUUUCGCGGACUAGAGAAGCUCCAGAGCCUCCACAUGCACCGCUGCCGGCUCAAUGCCCUGCCCCAUGACAUCUUCCACAAGCUUUACAGCCUGCACUUCCUCUAUCUGGAGGAGAAUAAUCUCCACUUCCUGCAGGACGACAUCUUCUCUGACCUCAUAAACCUGAGCCAGCUUUUCCUGCAUGGCAACCGCAUCCGUACCCUCUCCGAGAACGUGUUUCGUGGCCUGGUCAACCUCGACCGCCUGCUCCUUCACGACAACCGCAUCAGGCAGGUGAACCGCCGGGCCUUCCGCGACCUCGGCCGCCUGACCAUGCUCUUCCUCUUCAACAACACCAUGGCGGAGCUGCCCAGCCAGACCCUGAGGGACACCCAGGGCAUCGAGUUCCUCCGCCUCAACGCCAAUCCCUGGUCAUGCGGCUGUGAGGCCCGCGCCCUGUGGGAGUGGUUCCGUGAGGCCCGUGUCUCUUCAUCCGAGGUGAUCUGCUCCUCCCCUUCCAACCGCCGCGGCCAGGACCUCCGCUUUCUCCGUGAGAUGGACUUCGCCCUCUGCCCCCUGGCCGACCCAGGCUCCAUCGCUGGCUCCACCACCACCACCUUCAGCACCAAGACCCGCUGGUGGUUCCACAAGAACAAGCCCCAGUCAUCCACGAAAGGUGUCUUUGAAAAAGCCUCAGAAACCGUCAAGGCUGGUUUGUAUGGGAAAGGCCCAUCCACAACCUCCUCAGUAGUCAAGUAUGAGCUGGGGGAGGAAGAGCUGGCGCUGCCCAAACUUGACUCAGAAGAGUACUGGGUAAACUACGGCAACGAGGAUUCAGGUGUCACUCUGCGGUGCUUCGAGCUUGAAUGUCCACCUGAGUUUGACAUGCCUCCAUCUUCCUCCUCUCCCUCAUCCUCCUCUCCGUCGCUCUUCUCUUUACUAGCCCUUUCUGUUUUCAGCCUCUGCCUCAACCUCCACCUGUUAUUUGGUUGAAUGGGACUCUCAGUACCACCCUCCUCAUCCGUUCCAGCCUGUUUUAAAGGCUGCGAGGACCCCUGUUAGACUCUUGAUAACCCCUUUGCCUGACAUGCUGUGAGCCAAUUCUCAAGGCACAGCGAGGGAGAUAGGGGGACAGUUAGAUUCUGAAUCUAUCAUCUACAGGGCUUAACACAUUUCAGGGCUGCUAACAGUUCUUGAGCUGAGGUUAUAUAUAUCUACAAUACUCUACAGGUGUGACUUUUUGUGUCUCACCUGUAUGAUGUCAUGAUUCCCUGCAAUCAGGGCUACGAGGGCUGACUCCAUCACUAAUAUCAACAUGAUUUAUAGUUAGUUGUGAAUGAUGUUGUGGAUUUUGUCACCUCAAUUUAGUUAAAACUACUAGUGCUAUUGGUGCAUCCAAUUAACUGGCUGCUGAGAAUUACUACAAUAACUGUUAGAGUCAGUGCACAGUAAGGACAAUACUGUAAACACUUAAAGUGUUAUGUACAUAGAUAUGUAUCCUGUGAGUGUCUUGAUUUUCAUCUCUACCCAUGAAAACUGUGAAGGCUUGCGCUCCUACAGGACAGAGCACGACGUGCAGUGAGCCAGAGAGUAGAGAGGAGAAGAAAAUAUAUACGGAGCAGUCUGGAGGGACUGCAGCGAGAGCGUGAGAGAGAGAGAGAGCAAGGGACAGAUAGAGCAGCGAGAGAAAGAAGAGAAAAGAGCAAGAGCAAUAAGAGAAGACACAGUGAGACACUAUGAAGGACAGGGCUGGCAGUAGAAGCAGCAACCUGCAGGAGAGAAGUAAUAAUUCCACUCAUAGCGGUUAAAUCCAUCCAUCACACAUUCCACCAUCUUCUGUAAAUAGGAUGUCGCAUCUACCACAGGGAACAAAAAUGCUUCCUGUCAGGAAGCCGAAGAUGUAGGUUUUUGAAUGUCUUUUUGUGACAUAUUGAAAUGAUGUGUAAAAGAUUGUUUAAACUGAUGCGGAUGAACAGAUAAAAUGAUUUACUGAAUAUUUCCUGAAUCACGUCGUUUAUCAUGAUAUUGUUUGGGGCAAUGUAUCACAGAAUAUACAUAUAUACUAUAUAUACAGUAUAUAUAUUUAUAUACAUAUAUAUAAAAGGGAUUUCAUGUCUCAACAUGGUAAUUUUCUUUUCGGAAAUCCAAAGCUUCUUGCAAAAGUGAGACAAGAGGAGUAGAAAAAGAAAUCUAACAGAAAGGAACAGAUUGCAGCUGGGUGAAUAAGCAGUGAGUAAAAGGACUGACCACAUGGACCCUAAAGUCACAGACAGGGGCCGCAGAUUUGGCUCUGGCUGUGAUGGGCAUCUGUGUGAGUCCACAUGGAUAAUGAGGAUGAAUGGGUUCACAAGCUGGCAACACUGCAAAAGGCAAAUACGUCAGUAAGUUUGACUCAUAGCUCGGAGAAGCCAGAUGGACAGACGAGGUGUAAAUUGGCUGAUUUGUAAAUACACCAAGAGAGCAAUGAAGGAGUCUGGAGCCAGAGAGAGCAGCCAGCAGAUCGGGACUCACACUGAGACGAUGUGAAUUGAUGUGGAAUUUAAAAUCAAAGGUGCAGGGAGAUGUUAGUGCUGAGGCUGCAGGAGGAAGGAGAAGUGUUCAGAGCGAGCUGCGAGGGAGAAGGAGGAUGUUACCAAAUAUAGGCAUCCACUGGUCUUCCUUCACAAGUGUUUAUUUGUCCCUCUCUCUGCCAAACAGGUUUCCACAUUGCCUUGUAUGAAGAAAAUGAAUAGCAUCUCCUAACGUCUUUCUUUUUUAAUCUAUACACAUAGUUUUUUCUAAAGCUUUAAGCUUUAUCCAUCUCUCAAGGACAGAAAUGAUGGAGGGAGAGAGUCGCUGUAGCUUUAGUAGAGGCUACAAGGGCAAGACCGAGAUAGUAGGAGUGAAAGAGUGGGAGGGAUUUCAGUGACGCACACACACACACACACACACACACACACACACACACACACACACACACACACACACACAUCCUCUUGGAAAGCAAUGUAGUUUUUAAAAGAUACCAAGAUAACCCAUUUUUUUCCUUUUAACUAAAGCCUUAUUGAGAUCUCUUUUUUUUCUCCUGAUUAAGAACCAACGACUCCGGGAAAUAUUCAGUGUAAUCUCUCUGUUCAGUCUCUUUGCACAGUAAUGUGGAGGAGGUCAAACUGAGCCUGGGUGCUCUUCAGUGGCCAUGACAGUGAGGUCACUGUCAGAUGACCAAAGUGCCAGUUAUACCAUUUCCCCUCAGAUUCAUUGUUUAGUCUGUCAUCAUGCAUGUUCAGUGUUUUGUAUUAUGGAAAGAGAUAUUGACUAUAUAUGACAGAUUGACUUAUAUGUUAUUUAUUUUUAAUUUAGAAGAUGAAGCUCAUCAAAGAUGCAGCAUAAAGAAAAAAUAAAUUCAUACUUGUUUUAACAAAAA